AUGGUUGAGUGCAAAGAAAUUAUUCAGUACGGUGGGAAACAUCUAACGAUGUUGUUAUUUUACUUAUUUUGUAUUUUUUUAAAUUCCGUUUACUCUCAGCCUUCAAAUGGACUUCAUGGAGGUCCUAUAGAAGCCGAGUGCUUGUCGUUUAUGAGUAGAGAACGCAUAUGGGUGCCCGUGGCGUUAGACGAAGUCAUCGGACCGAUGGGUGGUCCUAGUAACAAUCCAAUUAGUUUAGCAAGACACCAUAUUAUACCCGUCAGGACUCUGCGAAGUUUCUUUGAUACAGCAGUUAGAGAAAAUCAUGAAGGAAACGUUGAAUUGGCUGGUCUUAUGAGUUUAAUGGGAUUCCUUUCUGAUGAUGCCCUAAAUCAAUAUGGAGAAACUAACGCUCUAAACAGGUACAUAAGAUCAGAUCUGGAAGCAAUGAGAGAUUUACAAAGCUAUUAUAUUGAUCAAGAAUUUGAAUUGAAUAACCCACCCGUGGACAUUUUAUUCAGUGCAGAUUAUUUAGUUCGUUCAGUAUUCCAGUGGAUUCCAGCGAAUAUUUUUAUAGGGCCAGCCCCACAACUGAGAUCAGAUGAUCCUGGAGAUGCUUUUGAAGUUAACUCCAGGCAUAUUAUAGGUGAAGAAGCUUAUCAACGUUUGGUAACAAUUAAUAGAAUGAUGGAAAGUUAUGUCCAAACAAGAGAACGGGCAACAUAUAAUGAAGUGAUAGAGCUACUUGCAGAAAUCUCACGUGGAAGGGACGUACCUUAUCCAUUCGAUCGUUCCCAGUGGAUAUUUGAAAACAAUAGAUAUAGAAUUAAUACAAACCCCCAUAAUCGUAAAAGAAGGGAUGCUGAAAAUAUACCCUUGAUAAAUGAUGAUCCAUAUUGUUUGAAGCCGUUGGAAUUAAUUAAAAUGAGUAUGCAUGAGGAAAAUUUAAUAAUUGUAUCUGAAGUACUUGACAGAGCUAUAAAGCAUAAAGGGUUUUACAGCAAAGACUAUGGUUCUUGGAAGGAUUGGUAUGCUGAUUCUACUUGGAAAUUCGGUAUCUAUGGUGAUGGUCUCAGUAUGGCCGGCGAAGGAUGGGUUUAUGAUCCAUAUGGCUAUAAGUUUAAUGAUAAUUCAUUUGCUGUUGGCAUUCUUGGCAUAGAUGCGAGGGGUAAAAGUGAUAACUGGGUUAAUCUGUCUCAUGAUUUUACGAAUACAGAAGAAAAAAGAGAUUAUGCUGGUCAAGUGUACUUUGACAAGAACGGAAGGCCUGUAGCUAUUGUUAUAACAUCCCUUCAAUGGGCAGAUACGGGUUCCGGAUGGUCUUUUAUUUACAAUAAUGAAAAGUGGGAAUACGAGAGCACUGAUUCUUGGGAUGAAAGAAGGUUUGCUGGCAGAACCGAGUCCCUCGAUUCCACUGCUCCUAAAUUUGUUAUGUCGUAA